AUGAUGUGUAAAUAGAAAAAAGUUAAUGAUGGCUUCAAACUACCAAGAAUUGAGAAAUCAUCUGCUUAUAUUAUUUAGACUAAUAGAGAUUCUUUAGAUUUUCUAUUAGGAAAGAAUAGAAAUCAUAAUGAUUAUGAUUAUGUUCCUUAAUUGAAACAAGAAAUUAAGUAGAUUACUGAAAUGACAACUAAUCGAUUAGCACGUUGUGGUAGUCAAAUUUUAGAUGGCUCUUCAUAAGUGUUUAUGCCUGUACAGUAAACUUAAAGAAGGAUCAGUCAAAUGGAUUGUAAAUAUGAUAUUCAAAACUUUUUUAUACUGGAACCAAAACCAGAGGUCAAUAAACCAAUUGUUAUUAAUAAAAUUAAUCGUGUACAUAAGCAUUACCGCUUAUAAACUUUUACUGA